CGCGGGCCCAGGGGGCGGCGGGGCCGGUGGAGUCGGCGCAGCUCGGAGGCUCCCGUCCAGCUCGCCCGGGCCUCGAAUCGCGCCCGGCUGCCUGUGUGGCCCGCCCUUGAGGCUCCCGGCAAAUGGCGCCCCGACCCCGGGGGACGCCGACCCGGAGUUGGACUGGCCAUUAUGGAGGAAGAGGUACAGCAGCACUCACACUGUGUGAACUGUGUCAGUAGAAGGUGUAUGACCAGACCAGAGCCUGGCGUUUCCUGUGACUUGAUUGGUUGUCCAUUGGUUUGUGGAGCAGUCUUCCAUUCUUGUAAAGCUGAUGAGCAUCGACUCUUGUGUCCUUUUGAACGAGUACCCUGCUUAAAUAGUAACUUUGGGUGUCCAUUUACCCUGGCACGAAAUAAAGUUGCUGAACAUCUCGAAAUGUGUCCUGCAAGUGUGGUGUGCUGCACUAUGGAGUGGAACCGAUGGCCCGUUAGUUAUUCAGACCGCAAGUCAUAUGAAAGUCUAAGCAGAGAUGCUGAUGAAGUGUCACAGUUAGACAUGGCUUUGGCCCUUCAAGAUCAAAGAAUGCUUUUGGAAUCUCUCAAAGUAGCCACCAUGAUGUCAAAAGCAACUGGUAAAAUAUCUAAACCUAGAGAACAGAUCUCAGUGAACUCAAGUGUUCAGGAAGUACCACGUGCUAAUGGGUUGGUGUCCGCUGACGAAGAGUCAUAUGGUGCACUUUAUGAAGCUACUGUAGAAACAACCAGAAGCUUGGCUGCUGCUUUAGAUAUCCUAAACUCUGCCACAAGAGAUAUUGGCAUGUUAAAUACAAGUCUCCAAGGUACCACAAAUGAAAUGGAUGAGGAGAGUAACAGAGAAAGCUCCCAGGACAGAAACGCGAAAGACCAGGAUCACCUUGACGAGGGUGAGAUAGGGGCAGUAGGUGGAAUUGAUUAUACUGGCACAAGUCAGAAUGCUCAGGCUGAACAAAAUGGCUCAAGUGAUUUAUUAUGCAACUUAAAUACAAGUUCUUACGAUACUUCUGCUCUUUGUAAUGGCUUUCCUUUGGAAAAGAUGUGUACACAGGUCAAAGACCAGGAUCAAAAUUUUCAUGGUGAUUCCACAGAAAGUAACAUAACAAAUGGAGACUGUGUGGAAGCUGAUGGUACUUCAGAACCUCCCAGUUCACUUUUAGUAGCAGAACAACUUAAGGAAGGAAGUGCUUUGCCAGAUAGUACCUAUCAACAUAUCCUCAUGCCGGACGAAGAUGAUGAUGAGGACUUGUGUUGGAAAAAAGACUUAGGGGACUCGAAAGAUGUUAAUGGUUCACCUUUGAGUCACGCGACUUCAUUCAAGUUUCUUUCUAAUUCAUGGUAUAUACCAAAGGAAGACAAAGCAGUCGAUACUUCAGAUUUAGAGGUUGCAGAAGAUCCCAUGGGCCUCCAAGGAAUAGAUCUGAUUACAGCAGCAUUACUGUUUUGUCUGGGAGAUUCUCCAGGUGGGAGGGGCAUAUCUGAUAGCCGCAUGGUUGAUGUUUAUCACGUUGACUUUGGGACACAGACUUUUUCACUUCCAUCUGCAAUAUUAGCUACAAAUACAAUGGUUGGAGAAAUAGCUUCAGCUUCAGCUUGUGAUCAUGCCAAUCCACAGCUUUCAAAUCCAAGCCCUUUUCAGACACUUGGGCUGGACUUAGUUUUGGAAUGUGUUGCUAGGUACCAGCCUAAGCAGCGUUCAAUGUUUACCUUUGUAUGCGGACAGUUAUUUAGAAGAAAAGAAUUUUCUUCCCAUUUUAAGAACGUGCAUGGUGACAUUCACGCUGGACUCAAUGGAUGGAUGGAGCAGAGGUGUCCUUUAGCUUAUUAUGGUUGUACGUAUUCUCAGCGUAGAUUUUGCCCUUCAACACAAGGAGCAAAGAUCAUACAUGACCGCCAUUUAAGGUCAUUUGGAGUUCAGCCAUGUGUAUCUACAGCAUUAGAAGAGCCUUCUAGAAACUGUGUGUUGGGAUUACGUAGUGACCAUCUAAGUAGUCUCCCUUUUGAGGUACUCCAACAUAUUGCAGGCUUCCUUGAUGGCUUCAGUUUAUGCCAGCUUGCAUGUGUAUCCAGGCUAAUGAGGGACAUUUGUGGCAGUUUACUUCAGUCUCGUGGAAUGGUAAUAUUGCAGUGGGGGAAAAAGAAGUAUCCAGAAGGAAAUUCAUCCUGGCAGAUAAAAGAAAAGGUGUGGCGAUUCAGUACUGCAUUUUGUUCUGUUAAUGACUGGAAGUUUGCAGACAUCCUGAGCAUGGCUGACCACUUGAAGAAAUGCAGUUACAAUGUUAUAGAGAAGCGGGAGGAAGCAAUCCCAUUGCCAUGUAUGUGCGUGACUCGAGAACUCACAAAAGAAGGACGUUCCCUGCGCUCAGUUUUAAAGCCCGUACUGUAAAACUGUGACUUCACUUGCACAGCAUGCAAGCAGCUGGCAUCAGUUCUUUGUAAUAUGUGACACUUUAUUAGUGCAUUAAAGACUACAACUAGCCAAACUUAUUGUCACUAUGUAUGUACUGUUUUGCAGUGACAUAUAUUUUUAUAAUGUACUAUUAGGUGGAAAAAUGUUGCCUUAAUAUUUGAAAUGUGUGAAAUUGUUGGAACGUGAUAGGCAGGAUGAAUAGUCUAAUCUUUUUUGCAUAAUGUUAGUAUUAAUGGUGUGCACGUUUAAAUUCUAAAAUUUUUGCUUCUCAAACACAAAAAGAUCUUGACCAAAAAAUUCUUUGUUUUCUGUGGAUUGAAGCCCAUGCUAUCCAAAAGCAAAACUUUGAUUCAAAUUUUUUGUUGCAUAGAUUUUUCACACAGUACAUUCAGUUGUUGAAACACUGCCAUAAGAUUAUUAUGAGGUUUUCCUGGCACUUUUAUAAUUAUUGAUCACAAGUGAAAUACAGUACUCACAUAAAGGCACAAUAAUGACUUCAUGUUUUAAAACAACUCACAAAGAUACUUUAUUUUCUGUUCUUACAACUCGUCUGCAAAAAAAUGGUCACACAGUUCUUUUUUUCAUUAAAUACCAUAUCUGAAGAGUCAUGGCACAGUGUAUUAUAUGACAGAUUAAAGUUAAAAGAAAGCAAGUCUGUGAAUUUAACUUGACAUUUUUCAUGGUAUUUCAUAUUUUCUAGGUAUCUAAUGUUUGAAAAGAAAAUAUACCUCACUUAUAAGUUUGAAUUUGGAAUAUUGUUUGAAUAAACUUCAAAUAUUCAGAA